UUCCACAAUGGACGGCAUCCAAGAAUAUGACGAGGCAGGUCCUGAUGAAAGAAGUCCAUGUCCAAUUUGUGGACGAAUGUUUAAUCCAAGACCAUUGCAAAUUCAUAAAAAGUCAUGUGUAAAAAGUGCAAACAAACCAAGAAAGGUUUUUGAUUCGACCAAACAAAGAGCUAUGGGAACUGAUAUUCCAUUGAAACAGAUGAAGGCUGCCCAGAAGAAGGUUGUGCCCCCACCUAAAAGUAACUGGAGAGCUCAGCAUGAAGACUUUAUCAACACAGUAAAAUCUGCUAGAGGUGUUACAGUAGCCAUGAAGACAGGUCAAGCCUUGCCCCCACCUCCUCCACCAUCUAUCAAUCCGGAUUAUGUGGCAUGUCCAUAUUGUGAACGUAGAUUUAAUCAGAAGGCAGCUGAACGCCAUAUUGAUUUCUGUAAAGAACAACAUGCUAGGAAGGGAAACAAACCAAACGCAAUCGCCAAGAAACCACCAUCAAGGAUACAGCCACCAAAGGCAGCGCCUGCUAGAACAUCACCAUCAGGACCUGCACCAGCAGCUAGUAGAAUUCCUGCAAAUCGUGCUGCACCCGCAUCUAAUAGAACUCCUGUAGCCUCAACAACGACAAGGACCCCUGCUGCUAGAAAUGGUGCACCUGCUGCCCGAGGAAGAACUGUUCCAAGUUAUUCAGCUUCUGACUAUACUGACUACAGUUCAAACAAUGGAAACAACAUCAUGUCACCCACUACUGGCAAGUCCUUACGUACAGGGCAUAGCCCUCAAUUAGAUGAUGAAAAUAAUUCUGCUAAGUUGAAGAAAAUGAGUUACAAUCGAACCUCACCCCUUUUACCACAAAGAAAAAAACAACAACCACUGGGCGGCGUUAAAGGGAGCAUGACUAGAAACCCAUCAGGUUCAGCACUUAGUAGCACUAAAAGAGAUGCAGAUUUUGGUUACUAUAGCAACAAUUCUGAAUGUGAUUCUCCUUUCAAUAAAGCCCCUUCCAGUUCCAGAAUAAGUAUGGCUGCUAAAACUACUCCCAGAGUGUCAUCUGCUAAAAGAAAUGGACAUAUGUCAACACUGGACAGAAAGUCAGCACCAGAAUCUUCUCCGUCAAGAUUUUGUCAUGAUUGCGGAACACAAUAUCCCAUUUCAACGGCUAAAUUUUGCUGUGAAUGUGGCAUGCGAAGAAUGAUGAUAUCGUCGUAAUUUUUAUGCUCAUAUUAUAGAAAAUAUAUAUUACUGCCUUUUUCUUCUAAUGAACUGUCAUGUUUAGAUAAUUAAAGAAGAACAUUUCCUAAUAUUAUGCCGCAUUGCCUCGAUUGUAAUUUAUUUUAAAGAGACACCAAAACAUUGAUCAAAAAUGCUCUUAAAAUACUAGACCUCUUUGAUUUGGGUCAAAACUACAUUUUGAUUUGUGUAAGAAAUUUGUCAUUUUCAUUUGAUUUUAUAUGUUGAUUUACGUCCAUAUGUGAAAUCAGUGUUGUGAUAUAACUGAUUUGUUUUGCACUCUUUUAAACCCAAAAUUAAAAUGGAAAUUAGUAAACAAGCCCAGUUGACUUAAUCAAUCGUAGCAAAAUUUCAUUUACAUAGAACUAGGUCCAUCACUAAUUGAAAUAACACAUGAGGUCACUCCAAUGCAUGAUCAGUACAUUGUUUUGUUCUGAUAUAAAUCAAAGAGCUUUUUAACUCCCUUGAUUAUUGUUGGAAAAAUCUUUAAUUGUUUCUAGGUGAAUGAUUAUAGUUCAAUUUCCUUUUUUUUUUUUUCCGUAAUAUUUGCUCAUCUUUAUCAGAAAAAAUUCAGACUUUUUAAAACUUGGAAAACUUUUUUGGGUUUUAAAAGAGGAUCUGACCACCUAUUUUAGAAAUGCGAAGAAUGGCAGAAUUGUCAUUAAUUGAAUUAAGAGGAUUUUAUCUAGUCAAUUGAGAACUUGUGAUUUAUCAUAUAUAUACUGUCUCAAUUUAAUAUAAUAUCAAUUUAUGGAAAGUUUAAUUUUAUGGAUUGCUAUCUCUGCCAAAAUAUAUUACAUUUGUAUACAUCUUUAAAAUAUUUUGUAGAAUAUAUAUUAUACCAUAAAACUAAAUCUCACAUAAAGAAUUGUAAUAAAUUUUUUUUUGAAACAUAACAAGGAUACUUGAUUAAAUAUUCUAGGAUUCAAUUCUCUCAAUCCCAUAAAUAAUGAUAGUUAAGUAGAAAUGAAAGAAAAACAUGACAUAUCAUUGCCAAAUCAUUAACAAAAUAUCUCCACCAGUUACCACAACUGAAACAGUGCACUCUGUUGGAUUAUGUUAAGAUGCAAUUCCAAAUGACAGAAAACAACAAUCGAGUAUCCCCAAGGUCUUGGAUGUUAAAUAUAAUUACAUGUAUAUAGCAAGGAUUAGAUGAUAGUAUCCGUUAUUCAGCAUAGCCUAAAAUUAUUUGCAUUUUAUUUUAAUUUGUUACUGGAAGGGGAAAUGUGAAUUUUAUUAUUGUUAUUUGAUUAGAUUAUUUGGUUAAUUAUAAAAUUGAUGCCAAAUUGUAUAUAAGAAUAAACGAUAUAUGAAUUAGUUAUGUGCUGUGCAUAAUAUAUAUAUAUUUUUUAUUAUUCAUAAAGUUUAUGAAAUAUUUGCAUGAAAUACAUAUGCAUGAUGAAUUUAGUUUGAUUGAUUUCCAUAUAAUGAAUAUUCAUAUCAUUUGGGGGUUUGGUAACUUAUGUUUAUGUGAUACUAGAUUUGUAUUACAUUUGAGUUAACCCUUUAGCAUUUUCCCCAGCUAGCACCUAAAACUGCCUGAAUACUAGUAUUUUGACAGAGGUGGUUUAAGGUGGUGCAGGAAGUCGGGGUUUCGGAAUGUUGAAUGGAUAGUUAUAAAGCACUAGGUAAAAAAAACAUCACUUUUCUCCAAAAAUUUCCAGGGAACAGGGGUAGUCAAUUUACCAAGUGCUAAAUGUUUAAAUAUUCAAAUGUAUAUCUGUGUGAUAUUCACACUUCCGGGGGAAUAAUUAAAUUUCUUAUUUGAAUCAAGUUCAAAUCUUCUGUUUCCCAUCAAACUCCUCUGUGGUGCAAUCACUGACACAUGUAAAAUUAUUUAGGUAGGAAUUUAAAACUUUUCUCAUUUUGUGUGAAUUAAAUUUCAAAACAGUCUAUGUAAAAUAUUAAUUAAUAAUUUCUAAGUAAGAUUAGGGCAGAUUAAUUAUUUAUAAAAUUGCAAAAUGUGAACGUUCACUGUUAAGUUUUGCCUUUCACAGAGUCUGCAAUUUAUGCACAAUAUGACAGACAUGACAUGUUCAAUUUAGGUGAACCCCCAUCAUUAUUUGCAAUAAUAUUGCAUUGAAAAGGUCAUCAUUGCAGGGAGAUUUUGUUUCUUACUGUCAUAAAAAGCUUUCAGAAGAUUUAGACUAAUUUUGAUUUUUCCUGUACGUUUUUAUUACCCAUUUUCUUCUGAUCUAUUUUGCAUAUCAUCUAUACCAAUUAACAGGACCAAUGAUUUUGUCUCAUUUUACCCAAAGUUUUUUGUUUUUUUAUUUUGAUAUUUAUACAUAGAUGAUUUAUUUAUUAUUUUUUAUGAUUAACCAUUCAAUUUUAUGUUGAUUUAAUCCAAGAGUUAAUUAAAAGAUAUAUUCCUCGAAAAUCUGAGGUUCUAAUUAUAAGACAAUGUAUUGGAGAAUUUAAACUAAUAACUACUUAAGUGGCUCAUGUAGGGAGAAUUAUUUUCUAUUAUAAAUCUAAAUAUACCAUCAUUAUGAAUAACAUUUCACUAUACCUGUCAUCAAUAGCAUACCUUUGCAAAUGUUAAUUACUGUUUGUGAUCUUUGAAUCCAGUGACUGGGAUCCAUUAUAAAUUUAACUGGUUGGGAUACCUUCAUUAUAAUUUCUAGAAAUCUUAUUCUCAUUGAAGUGUAUGUUUUAGGGCAGUAUGUGUUUUCAGUGGGAGCAAUAACAUGACUUAAUAAUCUUUGAAGGAAUAUAUCUUUAACAAGUUGAUGCAUCUUGUUAUUGUGACAUAUUUAUUUGUAUUAAAUUAAAACACAUUUCAUCUUCUUUUUCUUGCUUGGUAGAAAAUGGAUUAAUAUCAUUUAGAAGAGUCUAAAUGUGUUUCUUGAAAAUGGAAAGGUGUAGUCUAAAUUUUAGACUACACCUUUCCAUUUUCAAGAAACAUAUUUCCAAGAAAUAUCUUAAAACGGAAUACUACUGGCUGAUUUCCUAGCAAGUUUUAUUGUGAAUCGGAGCAGAUUUAGCAAUGAAAAUAUUGCACAUAAACUGUGGAAAAUUGCAUGUUCCUUACAGCUUUUUUUAGAUGAUUUUAAAAUUUGCGUCCUAGCAAAAAGUUGAUUUAAGAUUCUUCUCGGAACUAAACAACCUUAUUCACAUAAACUAAAACAAAAGUAAAUGUUUGUUAUUAAAUUGGUCACUCAUUCAUCUGUUAUGACCACUGGAAUAGAUCACAAAUGGGGACACUCCCGUAAAUAGGGAAGGGGGAUCGUGGAAAUGAAUGUGGGUUGUUGGAUUAAUGGUGCAUGUAUAAUGAUGCUAUUCAUUGCUAUGCAUUUGUAAAAUAACAUACUGCUAAGUAUUAUCUUAUUAUUGCUGUUGCUGUAAUAACCAUAAACUGUUGGACUUGCCAAACUAGAAGUUGUUCACCUCACCUGCACAACAAAAAUGUUUAAAAUAAGAACAAAUUUUAACUUUUUAAUUACCUAUUGCCUGAUGAGAAAAUUUUGUGAAUCUGUGUAUGGUAUCUUUUUGUUAUGUUAAUGUUGUAGGGUAGAAUAAGGCAUCCUGAUCAUUUUCAAUUGAAUGACUGCAGACAGGUAUGCAAAUAUGUGUGCUCAAAACAUUAUUGGUUCCUUGUUAGAUAUAGGAACUCAAAGCCAAUAAACUACUAUCAAACUCUGAAGGAGAAAAUAAUGCACAACACUGAUUAGCCCUGUAACAUGUCUCUUAGAAAUUAAAAUUGAUUCUUUUUUAUUUAAAUUAAAUUUUAUUGACCAGAAACUGAAUAUUGAUGUAAUAAAAUCUAUUUUGUACUCUUGCGUGACCUGAAAUGAUUUUAAGUUUUCUGCACUCUUUUUAAUUAUCUGGUGAAUAUCUUAGAAUAUUUCGGGCUUUUAUUUUCCGUUUAUCCGUCCUUAUAAAAUUAUGUCUGCUGUCUUUAUAUUAUUUGAUAUGUAACAAUGUCUGCUGUCUUUAUAUUAUUUGGUAUGUAACCGGCUCUUCUUCUGUGAUACUAAGACUAUAUUAUAAUGGUGGUUAUGUUCAUUAUGUCAUUAUCUUAUUUAUAUUCUAAUAAAAUUAUUUAUUCUAGUUGGGAAA